AUGCCGCAAACGAUUGUCCUGCUGUACUCGUCUGACAUCCCUGACUUGGGGCUCGAUAGCCCUCGCAACGGCGUUACAACAUCCCGAGGGAGUUCGCUGAAAACGGUCCGAACCCUGCCUCGCGGAACUCGUGGGUCGACCUUGUUUCGGCCAGUCGCUGUGUCCGUCAACGGUGUUGUGCACCAUGGACAAGUCACAGCGUACCACAAUCGUGUCUACGAUGUCCAGACUUCGUCUGGAAUGCUUAAAGUGCCAUAUAACGAGGUCGAGGGAAUAGCACCUGCAAUCGCAAUCUUACAGUCGCAAUCUAUCGUGCUUGUGGAAAUUACUUCCCCAUCCGAUAUCGAUAGGGUCCAUAACUCGAUAUUCAACCGGUUGUUUGGUCAGAACGGGCAACGAGCCACUAAAACAAUCUCGAAGCUUUUAGAGGGAAUCGUGUCUCGUGCUUCAAUGCCUCACGCUGGUGACCAAGUGCCUAGGAAGUGUCCACAUUCUGGGGUUGACAAGCUCCUCACGGUAGAAACAGUGGUGGAUUUUGCGUUCUAUAAAGAUGGCAAUCGCGCAAUUCCGGCCAGUGUCAACAUUGGUGACACCUACUCUGAUGUUAUCGAAUCGCGUCAGAACCAGCGUCGAAACAACGCACGACCUACAGUACUAACGCACGUUAGUCUACGUAAUCUACGAAAUUCAAGAUCACGUAACAGCCCUGCUGCUCAACCCUCUCAGCGAAGUCGAGACCAAGAACAUGCACGGAGUGUUCAGCAGACAACCUUUCACAAUGAUGCUCACGAGGAUGAGCACUUCGAUGGAGAACAAGCGAUUCGAUUUACGGAUCUAUUAGCAGCAUUGACGAGUAACGAACCUGCUCCAAAGCGCCACCGUACUACGCCGCCUACAACCACACAUGAGUCUGAACGUGCUUCGGAAGCGGUAUCACCUGAUAGGAUCGAAUCUCAUCCGCAAUCGUCGGAAGGUUCAUCUCCUACCCAUCCCGGGACGAUGGCACAAGAGAUCUUAGCCUUACUGGCCCCACACCCGCACCUACUGAUCGAGUAUGCACAGCAGCUACAGCAGUUACAGUCAGCAACCACUCACUCAAGAGUCGCAUCGGCGGCAUUACCAGAACCAGUACAUCCCCCUCCUUACUAA